UGCGCAUGCGCACUUGGCCCGUUCAAAACUGCGUCAACUUAAGAUUUUGACAGCUAAACUUUCUAAAGAUUUGGGAAGUUUCAGGACAUGAGCGAAGAUGGAUGAGGACGAUGCAUUCGAGGUCCCGCAGAGGAACGAGUACCGCUACCUGGUGCAGGAGGAUGAGGAGGACGAGGUGCAGUACGUCCGGCGCCGGCACUACAUCAGCCCCUUCCUGGUUCUGUCCAAACGCUGCAUCUUCCUGAUCUGCGUCGGCGUGGUCGCCCUGCUGGCGCUCGCCGCCUACCUGGGCUACGUGGCGCAGACGCUGCCGCCGGGACGCGCCCAGGUGUCGACGGACUGCGGCGAGUUCAGAGGAAAACACGAAAAUGGCGCCUACUCCUUUAAGGGCAUUCCCUUCGCCGCUCCGCCGGUCGGCGAGCGGCGCUGGGCUCCUCCGUCCGACCCGCCGUGUAAGCCGGGCGUGACGGACGCCACGCGCUUCCGCAGCGUUUGCUCUCAGAAGCAGCCGAUGUCGAGCGCGGGGAAGACGAUCGGCCAGGAGGACUGCCUGUUCGUCAAUGUGUGGACGCCCACGCUGCGGCCGGACGCCGCGCUGCCCGUCAUGGUCUGGAUCCACGGAGGAUCCCUGCAGACGCUCAGCGGCGGCGAGCCCGGAUACUCGCCCACGGAGAAGCUGGCCGCCGAAACUCAGCUGGUUUACGUCAGCUUCAACUACAGGCUCAACGCUUUCGGCUUCCUGGCUCUGGAGGUGUUGAGAGAAGGUUCUCCAAAAAACACGUCAGGGAACUACGGUUUCCUGGACCAGAUCGCGGCGCUGAAGUGGGUCCAGAGGAACAUCCGUGGGUUUGGAGGAGAUCCUGGACGAGUCACGAUAUUUGGGCACAGCUCAGGCGGGACUUCGGUGUGGACCUUGAUGACGUCACCGCUGGCCAAAGGUCUGUUUCACGCCGCCGUGGAUAUGAGCGGCUCGUACGUACUGAACGCGGCGCUGGAAAAAGCCGAAUCGGACAACCUGGUGUUCCUAAAGAAGACGGGCUGCACAGACCUGGCCUGCCUGCGACGUCUGACCAUGAGCCAGGUGCUGCAGGCCAUCCCAUGGGACGAUUACCCAUCCUGGGCCGGAAGUGAUCUGACCGACCUGCCCACCAGGGGGCGCUUCAUCGGGCCGGUCGCCGUGGUGGACGGAUUCGUCCUGGAAUCUCCUCCUUUUGAGGUUUGGGAGAAAAAGCUAAACUUCAGUGACGUGCCGUUUGUCGUCGGGACGACGGAGCAGGAGGCAGACUUCAGCCCUCCAGCUGUGAACAUCUCUGAGUGGACCUGGGGGGACUACCGCUGGUUUGUAACAGAAAAGCUCCAGACCUUCGGUCCGGGUCUCCCUAAAGACGCUCUGGACCUGUACCCGCCCUCGGCCCCCUGUCCCACCACAGACCGCUGUCCGGAGAGGGCCUUCACCACCAUGGUGUCUGACAUCAGGGUCACCUGUCCCAACAACGACCUGGCCAGGAGGGCCGCAGCGGCUCUCAGCUCUCCGGUGUAUCGGUACGUUGUGACCCACACGCCCUCCGGACCCGUCAACACGUCCAGCAGCCUGCUGCCGUUUCCCAGCCGCUUCUCCUUCCACUGCCUGGAUGUUGUGGCGUUCUUUGGAGGACUGGACCGCUUCCUGGCCAAACCUCUGUCUCCUCAGGACCGCAGCUUCCAGCAGCUCUACACUCACCACCUGGUCAACUUCGCCAAAACAGGGAGGAUGGAGGCGGCGUGGCCAGAGUUCCCAUCAGCCAUUGCUCUGCUGUCGGAGAAGCUGGAGGUGAAGAACCACUCGUCCACUCGCUGUGAGCUGUGGGAGAAGAACGGCCUGUUCGCCUACGCCUGGAUGAACUGAGCUGCUGGUUCCACCCCCUCAUCCUGCUGCUGUAACGUUCUCCACCCUAACAGACGUUUUUCAGCUUAAAUUCCUUUUGGUGUGAUUUUAUGAACCAGUUCAGCUGGUGGUAGUUCAACAGUCCAACCGGAUCUGUUGGGAGUUUGAAAAACCAUGAUGGAUGUUUCUGGGUGAAUUCAUGCUUCGGUCUGCCUGAUGGAGCUGAAGACCAAAGAAAAUGAGAGAAUUCAGGUGGAGAAGUUUAAGAUGGUAACAGAAAUAAUAAGAAUAAUUGAAUAAAGGGAAAAAAAACAAUCAAAACUCUUCCAACCGCUAUGACUGGUCUCCAUGUUUCAGUCAACGUUUCAGUCCUAAUCAGGGAUUUCAGCUGGUUUUCUACCUGUAAAGGUGAUUUAGUUCAGCUGAAAAUGACUUCAGCUGCUGUUUGCUGCUUCCUACAAACAAACUGAGCCAAGCUGAGAGUUUUAGGGUUUAAAUCCUUGAAGACGGACCAAUCAGAACUGCAUGUUUUACUUUUUUUAUUUCAAUUUCACCUUUUGCUGAAAGUUGAAAUGUUGGUUGGUGCUUCACACCUGCUCUCCGUCUCGGCCCUCCGCCUUCGUCCGUCCCGAAUCACAGGCGUGGCAGAUAAAAAUAAGGAAAUAAAUCGUUCAAACAAAAAUAAAAACAGGUCAGAAUAAUAAGUACAUGUGAAAACAAUUUAAAACUUCAGGCAGAUUUUUCAGAGAGAGAUUUUCAGAGUUGACGUCUAAAAAUCUGCAUCUCUAUUACUUUUUAUAUUUCAAUAAAUGUUUGAAAUUAUAACUUCAGUUGUAAUUUGUAAUUUUUCCCCCUCAGAGUUGAACAUCUUCUCUCUGUACAUAUCUUUGUCUGCUGCUGAGUGACCAAAGCAGAAGCAACAUAAAGUUUUUUAAAUAUAUUUUAGUAACUAACCAUGUUGAGACAUGAAACUCCGUCCUCACUUGCACCUCUAAAAUCUAAUUUCUUUGUUUUUGUACAACAAAGUAAAAAAAAAUCCCAAAGCAUGACACUGUCACCACCGUGCUUCAGUGUGAGUGUAGCGUUGCCAUGGUGAUUAGCGCUGCGUUUGGACAGCAGGUUGAAAAGCUUUCUUUCCUCCUUUCUUUCUCCUCUCGGGUUGAAGCUCGUGUUAUGGUCUGUCCCGCCUGCUGGUUGACCUUUGACCUCUCAGGUUAAUGCCCUCCCCUCCAGCCCAGGAGUUUCAUAGCUUUGCCCUUUCACGCCAGGCGUCCAGCUGUUCCAUUUUCUUGUUUUUCUAGACUUACUGUAGCUCUAGGAGACGUUCAGAGAGCUGAUUUAUGACCCGACCCGACCCGACCUGCAUCUCAGCAGAACUUUGUCCCCGACCCGUUUGGAGACUUUAAAAUCAUUUGCAUUUCACUUUUACUGAAUUUAUUUUGGAUUUGUUUGUUAUAAAAACAGCAGGGAGUGAAAACAUGUCAGUAUUUCUCAUCUGUCAUCGAAAUGGAUUGUUUGUAUUUUUAACAGAAAUGUUUGGCAGCCGUGUCUGACGUCAUGAAAACGAGGGAAAUUUUCACUUUUUAUAUUAUGUGUGAAAUGUUAAAAGUUUUGGGAAUUUUUUUGCACUUUGCAGAGAACAAAUCACUUUUAUAACGUUUGUAUUUUCAUGUUUUAACACAUUCCUGGUGUCUGUUGCUUUAAAUAGCUUAAUGAUGUGUUUGUGGUUUUCAAUCAUGUCUUAUUUUGUGCUUUAUGGGAGUUUCGCCUUUUUAUAUGAUCAAUAAAUGGACAUGAUGUGAAASUA